GUAUUGAUUGUCAAGCGGCAAUUGUUUGUAAUAACUAUACUUAUACAAUGUUAUUAUUUAAAGUCUUAUUCUGGUCCGGUAAAAAGCUUGUCCGUAUAUACAUCCAGAAGUGUUUCGAGUCACGAGCGGUCACGAGUGCUGUGAAUGAAAGCGGAACCAUUGCCGCAGCUUCAGGAGUUGACGGAGCUUCUAUUGUGUCGCACACUGUCAAAACGUAAAGCAACAGCAUUGCAGAAGUGAGCAUUUUGAAUACAACUUUGAACAUCUUCAUCUAUAACAAGAACUUUCGGUGAUUUAUAAAACGUGCUGAUUCAACAGAUCCAAACAUAACUUCUGGUAUGGACGGCAUGGUGAUAGAGGAGGAGGAUGACUGCCCAGAGUUGGUGCCCAUCGUCACCACGCUUGGUCCUGGAGAGCAGAUCCCUGUCACCAUCAUCUCAGGAUACCUCGGUGCUGGAAAGACGACACUCCUGAACUAUAUCCUAACGGAACAACACAACAAGCGGAUUGCUGUCAUACUAAAUGAAUUUGGAGAGGGAGGGUUUAGAGUGAUCCAGACGUAGACACAAACAGAUGAUUUCCAGUCUUUUUCUGCAGUUUAUAAUGAUGUUUAUUUAGCUUUACAUACCAAGGUUUAAUUACACUGUGUCAAUAGUUGUGGUAUGAGCAUUUGCCGAGCUGGUGGAAUCGGUGUGCUCUUCCUCCUGUGUCCUGUGUCCUCAUCUUUCCUGUCACCUGUGACCCCUUUUAUACACCCGGUGUAGCUAAACCCCGCCACCAAGUGUUCAAAAUAGUAUUGCUUUAUAAAUAUAAAUAAGGUAAACUGAGACACCAACAACACCCAUAAAAUGGCUCCUACACACCGGCCCCUAAUUGGUUUUAGUAUGAAACAAAAACAAUUAACAAUAAAUAAUAAAGGAGCUAUGAAAAAUUAAAAUGGUGUGUUCUAU